CUGGGGGCGGGAGGGGCGAACCCAGCCCGGCUGCGCUCCCGCCGCGCCCGGGGCAGUCGGGACAGACCAGCGCGCCUGAGCCGGCAGCCGCCGCGUGUCCUGCUGGGCGACGAAUCGCUCCGCCUCCGAGGGGCUGCGGGGAGCUCGAGGCGGCGAGCCCUGCACCUGCGGGAAGAGCUCGCCUGGCUCAGCCCCAGCCCCAGCCCCAGCCUGGGCACCAGCCAUGCAAGCGGCCACCGCCUCCGGGCUGGACGUCUCGAGGGCGGGCGGGCCCCGAGAGGGCGGGCGCAAUGCCCCGAAUAACGACACAGGGCAGUGUAGCCAAAUCUUUCCCCCUCAGCUUGGCACGCUACAGAUAAUUCAUGGCGAUGGCACCGCUGUCGGAACGGUGAUAACAUUCCAGUGCUCUGCUCAGCACAUGCUUGUGGGACAGGGACUCGUAACCUGCAUAUGGAAGGGAGACAGUACACAGUGGACUGCUGGAGUUCCCUCAUGCAAACCCUUAUCGAAAUACGAAGCUUUUGGAUUUAAAGUAGCAGUGAUUGCCUCCAUUGUGAGCUGUGCCAUCAUCCUGCUGAUGUCUAUGGCUUUUUUGACCUGUUGUCUCAUCAAGUGUGUUAAGAAGAAUGAAAGGAGGAGAACUGAAAGGGAUAUGCAACUGUGGUACCAGCUCAGAAGUGAAGAACUGGAAAACAUGCAAGCGGCUUAUUUUGGUUUUAAAGGCAGAAAUAACAACAAUAAUAAACACUUCAGGAAUAAACCAGUAUUUGACGAUGGGACUAACCUGGCAUAUGACAAUGAAGGCUUCUGCAGAUUCCACCAAGAAUGGACUAGGGACAUUGCAGCUUCUGCAUGUGGCAGAGGAAAUGACUGUCAGCCCAACUUCAACACAAGCGAUAGUGCACCUAUUAAACAGUUACUGCCAGAACAUAACGUUCCAAUACAUACAGUGAGUACGAUACACGUUGAGGUCUAUAGACAUGACAAGGACAUUUACAAGAAACCCAUCUCUCAUAUCCCUGGAUAGUCAAUGUCAGAAACAAAUAAUUUGCUGUAUUGGACCAAAAUGAAAUCUGAUUAGAAAUAUGUGCCUUAAAGACUGCGUAGAAAACUACUUAAUUAUUCUUAUGAAUCUGAAAAUUUUAUACAUCAAGAUUAUUUUAAAAUGCUUCCAGAUUUAACUUAAAUAAAAUAAUGAAUGUUGAUGCUUACAAUAAGUAGCCAUUCUCUACCAAGUGCUAGAUAUCAUGGCAAGAAUAUAAUAUUCUCCUGUACAUACUAUAGAGAGAAAUGGUAACCAUUUGUAUAUUUGCUUCAUGUAAAGUCUCUGACAACAACGACACAUUCAUAUGACUGCAAACUUCUUUUAACCUGCGUUCUUUUUGUAAUCAUGCCAGAAAAAAAACGUAUUUUUGCACACACCUUUGAGAAUUACAAUAAAAUUUCUUUUUAAUGAAAAA